UGGGGUCCAAGUCCUGCAACUUUAAACAGCCCUAAUGAUAAAAACUCAACAACUUAUUCACUCUAUUGCUGCGGAGAUGGUGAACUCACAUGCUUCAACUAUGACAAACCUCAACAAGAGCCCGAGCUCUUGAUCAAGAAAAACUGCACAGAAAUAUCGUGGAAACCAGAUUAUUCUUGUGCAGCUGUUGGCUACGAUGAUGGCUCUAUAUCGUUCUUCAAUAAAAAAUUUGAAAGCUGUGGAAAAACGAUCUUCAUGCUAAAAAAACCAGUGGAGUGUCUUGCGUGGCAUCCAGAUAGCACUGUUACAGACUUGAAUUUCUCUCACUUCAGGGACUAUCUUGCUGUGUCUACGACUACCUCUAUCAUCACUGUUAUCGAUACAUCGAGUAUGACUGAAAUGUUGAAUAAACAAGAGGUGAAUCAAGACACUAGUCAGAAUUUCUACAAAGUCAUUGCGAAUCUCUCUGGACAUUCUGAUAGAAUUUAUUCACUAGCUUGGAGUCCACAUAUUAGUGGAUAUUUAGUUUCAGGCAGUGCUGAUCAAACAGCUCAAGUAUGGAAGAUUGAAACACAGGAGAUACUUGCAACUUACACUGGGCACUUCGGUGGAGUGCAGUCCGUAAUGUGGAGCCCGAUGGACCAUAAUUUCAUAUUUUCUGGCUCUGCCGACUGGUCCCUCCGCAUUUGGAAAUAUUCAGAUCAAAAAGUUGUCCUCCCAAGUGCAGAAUCUGUCACUAACAAAAAUAAAUUGAAGAAACUAAGCAAGAAAUCGAUAGCAGCCGAGGAAACAAAUGGAAAAGUCGAGCUAAAUCAUUCUAAAGGCUUACCAACAGACAAAUCCAAUGAAAAUACAACGGGAGUAAUUCUGAAAGCAAAAGAAAAAGAUAAAAAACGAGGGAAAAAAGUAGUUCCGUAUCUUCCAAAUUAUCGUAAAAAAAUAAACGACAAGGAAACGAUGCUCAAGUCUUGUUUGGAGUUAGCGAAGCAAGUGAAAGGUUUUGAAACGUCUCAAACAAUUUUUGGAAGCAAAGAUGUAAUAUCGAAUAUAUUGGAAGAGGAGAGAGACACUCACUGGAACCAAGGACAGCUGAUGAUGGCAGUAGAGAUGAGUCUCUGGGACAAUAAAUUGAAAGAAAUGAUUACAAAGGCCAUGGAAACUCAAUCGUUAACCGAUUUUAUGGUUUCUCUUGCUCCAAAUCUCAGUAUGAAAUUUUGGAGAGAAGUGUGCGAGGCUUACGCUAAUCAGCUGAUCCAGGAGGAUAAUCCAGUGAAGGCUGCUUCCUAUUUAUUGAGCCUCCAUAAAAUCCAUGCAGCAAUUCAGCUUUUGAUGCACGCAAAAUUUUACAAAGAGGCUUAUGUAUUAGCAAAAUGCAAAUUAGAUACUGAUGAUGACAUUUUUCAGGAGAUACAUAAGGAAUGGUUGGCCGCAGUCAGCAGGAGUGGCUCCUUCGAGGAGGCAGCAUUGUGUUUGAUAGCUAAUGGAGAGUUCUCAGAAGCUGCGCGAAUGCUAGCAAGAAGACAGGAUGCUGCAACGCUUGCAACUGCUGCAAGAUUAGCAAAUAUGGAUAAGAAUCAAGAGUUGAGCGAUUCCCUCAUUGAAGAGCUCCUAAAUUUGCAAUUGUCUAAAUUUGAUUAUGAAGGAUGUAAGAAAAUAUUGGAGGAAUUUUCUAAUUUGGAAUAUCGAUUGAUUCAAGUAGAGGCUCAUCAAGAAGUGAAAAAAAAAUUGGAUGAGGCACAUGAGAUGAAUUUCGUUGAUAGCUGGCUGGAGGGAAACUCAUCGUAUGGAUUAGUUGAUCAGUUGAAGAAGAAGUUUGAAGUGAUGGAAAUUACUGCUCAAGACUUCUCGUCAUUUUAUAGGAAAUUGGAGGAAGCGACUUACCCUUCAGGA